AUGGCUGCCGAAAUAUUAUACAAUACACCAGACUUUGAUCCUGGUUCGAAUUUAAAUCAAUUAAUCAAAUCUAUCCUUGAUUACCAGUUAAAACGACAAGCCGAUGAAUCGAUAAGAAUUAAAAAAAAUUAUUCCGCCAAUGAUUUCAUAUCGAAAGUCAAUAACUUAGAGGAAUAUUUUUAUGAUAGCAUUAGUUAUCUUUCAAAACUCCAGCAGAAGGAUCAUCAAUUUUUAUGGUUAAUUAGUUUGGAAUCUUUAACAACUGUUUUGUAUAAGUAUAAAGUAUUUUACUACGAGAACCUAUUGAAUGACUCUUAUGUGGACAGACAUGAAAUUUAUAAUACAAACCACGUUUUGGCAACAAUUGCAACGAAGUUGGAAAGAAUUACUGGUUUCUUCAAAGAUUUAACCAAUCAAUUCUUUACUGAGCACAUAUCGAUCGGGAAAUUCAUCAGCUCGGGGACAUACUCGACUAUCAUAAUCAACAAAUUAUUCAAUUUUAUUACAACUUCCUUUAAAUUACUUACUAUUGAUGAAGCAGAGGAUAUGCUAUAUACAAAUGAAGUCACUCCAACUGUGGCAUAUAUCGGUAAGUUCCUUUCUGUCUAUUAUGCUUACAUAGAGGGUCUUGAAGAAGUAGCAAAACAAGAACUAAGCAACGAAAUGUUUCCAACACUUACUGAAUUUAUUAAAACAGUAUAUAUAAUCGGUGAAUCGAAAUUAAUAUUGCCAUUUAUGGAAGCUGGUGAUGAUCUCAAUCCUAUAGUAAAUCCGAAAACCCCGAUCAAAGUUAUUCAAUCUUCAACCAUCGAUUUUACUUUCCUAAAGGAUUAUUAUAAGUAUACAGCAUUUAACUUACUCGCUUUGUCAUUAUCAAAAGAAGCUUGUAUAGAACACGAAUAUAGUGUUCAGUCUGACAUUUAUUUUAGAGUUCUUUUAAGUUUUCCAAAUUUAAGCACUACGGUUUAUGAAAGAUUUGAAAUUUCAAACAACCAAUCAGAGAACUUAUGUGAUACUUCACAGUUACAGGAGAGAAUACAACCCGAUAGCAUAGAGUUUUCAUCAGUAUCAUUACUCGAGAGACAGGAAAUCUCACUUCUAUUCAUAUUAAAUUAUUUAUUGCAACUAUCAGAGUUAAGAAAUUUGAUUGAGCCAGAACAGCACUAUAAGUCAGAGUUAAAAUUUUUAAUUAGAUCCUUGUCUACAAGUAUUUCGCAGGAUAUACAUGUUAGUGCAUCCAGAUCUGGAAGCUUGCAUCCAUCAACAACUCCUUCUUAUGCACAAUUGAAUAUGCUAGAUACUAAUAGUAGACCAAAGCAAGUAAAUAACAUCAAGUUUGUUUCUUUAAGCUCUAUUAUAUUGCAUGGCACUUAUAAAGAAAAAUUGAUUAUGAUAAUCGGCUUUUGUGAGAAAUUAAACCAGAAAUCUUUAAACAUACCUCAUAUUAUUGAACGCUUUAAUCUUGAUUCCAAUUUAGAAAAUGAUUUUCAACAUUUAGUUUCAAUGAUCGAUGCAGAGAAGUACCCAGGUAAAUUAUUGUAUGCCAAAACAAUCAGUAAGAUUACGCGACUUUUGAAGAUGAUAAGUAUUAAACAUUUGGUUCAAAGUGCUGGUAUCAAUAAUGUUCCCGAAUCUUACUUAAACAAACUUUUUUGUUCAAGAGAACCUUUGUCUGUAUCUAGCGAGGUCAAAAAAGUUGUCAAAUUCGUGCAAUACAAUAACGCCAAUCAAGAAGUCAUAAUUAGAUUCGAACCCUUGAGUAAUUCAGCACAUUCUAAUAUUGAUUCUUCGAUAAGGAAACAAAUUAAUAAUUACAAUACUACCAAAGAAUUAGAGAAGCUUUCGGAUCAUCUAAAAUAG